AUGUCUCUAGACAAGUCCAAUAGCUUGGUCGAUAUACAGAAUAGUGCCAGGUCUGUUGACUUGGAAAAUUGGCUGCAAGAACAUGAGGUUCAUACCGAAGAUUUGAACCGUAGUCUUAGUGCUCGACAAAUUAAUAUGAUUGCCAUUGCCGGUGUCAUAGGAACUGGGUUGUUCUUGGGAACUGGUAAGUCUCUUGCAACGGGAGGUCCAUUAUCACUUUUAAUAUGUUAUGCUUUAAUCGGGUUGGUGGUAUACUUGACCAUGCUUUCGCUUGGAGAAAUGGCUACCUACAUGCCAGUGUCAGGAUCGUUCACCACUUAUGCCAAAAGGUUUGGAAGUGACAGUUUUGGAUUUGCAAUCUUGAUAAAUUACUGGUUCAAUGAUGCUUGUUCUGUUGCAAGUGAUCUCACUGCGUUACAAUUAGUGAUGAAAUAUUGGACAGACUUUCAUUUCUAUGUGGUGUCAUUGAUCUUUUGGGUGUUCUUGCUCUUUUUGAAUAUCAUUCAUGUUCGCUUUUAUGGUGAAGCAGAAUAUUGGUUGGCUCUUUUGAAAGUCUUGUCCAUCAUCAUUUUUUUCAUCAUUAGCAUUGUCGUCAAUGCCGGUCAUAAUAAUCUCCACGAGUAUAUUGGUUUCCGCUAUUGGAGCUACAAGGACGCACCAUUUGUGGAUGGGUUUCGUGGGUUUGCUCAAAUCUUUGUGACUGCCGCUUUUGCAUACGGUGGAACAGAAUCCAUUGCUCUCACUGCUGGUGAACAAAAGAACCCAAUUAAAACCAUGCCCAAGGUGGUUCGAACCGUGUUCUAUCGAAUCUUGGUAUUCUAUAUCUUCACGGUGUUUUUCGUCGGCAUGAAUGUUCCUUAUGAUUAUCCAAACUUGUCGAAUAAAGACAUUACUACCUCACCAUUUACCAUCGUUUUCCUGAUGGUGGGUGCAAAAUCUGGUGGCUCUUUUAUGAACGCAGUGAUAAUGACAUCGGUUAUUUCUGCUGGUAAUCAUGCUCUUUUCGCAGGAUCUAGAUUGGCAUACACUUUGGGAACUCAGGGAUAUUUUCCAAAAUUUUUCACCAGAACUAAUAGGUACAAAGUACCUUACGUAGGAGUACUUUUCACUUGGAUUGCAGGUGGUCUUUGCUUUGGAAGCUCGUUCAUUGGAGCUGGUACUUUGUGGAGUUGGUUACAGGCUAUCAUUGGAGUAAGUAACCAGCUUGCAUGGUGGCUGAUUGCAAUCACCAGUAUAAGAUUCCGCCGGGGAUUACAAAGGCAAGGCAAAACCCAUCAGCUCAACUAUAAGAAUUGGACUUAUCCCGUUGGACCAUGGUUUGUGCUUGUAUUUGUCACAUUCAUUAUUUUGGUCCAGGGAUGGGGUGCGUUUUCUCCAUGGGACGUUUCUUCAUUUUUCAUGAACUAUUUGGAAUUGGGAGUGUUCCCAGUCACUUUUAUCUUUUGGUGGCUUGUAACCAAGGGUAAGGACAGAUUCGUCAAGUAUGAGGAAAUGGAUUUUGAAACGGACAGAUACUUUGCUACUGCCGAAGAAAAGCAAGAAGAUGCAUAUGAACAAAGCCUUACUGGCUGGGCAAAAUUUAAGUAUAAUUUUGCCGACAACUUUUUAUAA